AUGGCUGACGCACCUCCUCCCACCCCAUCGGAGCUCCUCCGUAUGGUGACCGAACUUCAACAAGCGAAUCAGCGCAUGGCCGAGGCUAAUGAGCACAUGAGAAACGAGAAUCAACGCAUGCAACAACAAAUCGAGCAGUUAGUCAACGCCCGCAUUGAGCAUGGUAACAAUCAUGACGCACGAAAUAAUGGCGAGGAGCAUCGCACACAUGUGUCGGAGACACCUCAGGACGAGGAAGGCGGCGGUCUGCACGACAGCGAAAAAAGAGCCGAAACAGAUAAAGACGAGCUUGACAAUUCCACAGGGCCAUUCACGGCGGACAUCAUGAAUUUCCAGUUGCCUAGGCAAUUUACUCUACCAACAACAUUGACUCCUUAUGAUGGAUUGGGAGACCCAAAGCAACACAUCAAGAAGUUCCGAUCAAUUAUGAUCGUUAAUGGUGCAUCUGAUCCUAUUCUCUGCCGAUGUUUUCCUUCUUUCUUAGAUGGUCCUGCACUUGACUGGUUUUGCUCUUUGCCUGCAGAUUCUAUUUCCCGAUUUCAAGAACUGGCGAAGCAAUUUGAGGACCAUUUUGCAGCAUCCGCUAUUUACCUACAUGACUCGGACUAUCUGACAACUGUUAAACAAGGCCCUCAAGAAAGCCUAAAGGACUACAUCACCCGUUUCACGAAGAUAGCAAUGAGGAUCCCUGAUCUCCAUCCUGAAGUCCAUCUGCAUGCUAUCAAGAGUGGGCUCCGUCCAGGGAAAUUCCAGGAAGCUAUCGCGGUAGCUAAACCAAAAACCCUGGCCGAGUUCCGCGAAAAGGCUAAAGGACAAAUAGACAUCGAAGAACUCCGUCAAGCUCGGAAAACAGAAAAGUCGGCAAUCACCAAAGACGACGAGAAGCCCCGCGAAACUAGAAAAAGCUUCAAACCAGUACCUCGAUAUGAGUCAUAUACGCAGUUCAACACCAAGCGGGACGACAUCAUCAAGGAGAUAUUAAAUUCUAAGCUGAUCAAACCUCCACGGAAAGCCGGGAGUUAUCCAGAGCCAAAAAAUGUUGAUAAAUCCAAGUAUUGUUCAUUUCAUCAGAAAUUCGGUCAUACAACCGAUGAAUGUGUGAUCGCUAAAGAUCUCCUUGAACGAUUGGCAAGACAGGGGCACCUUGAUAAAUUCAUUGCAGGUCACAUGCAAAAGAGAUCCACUUCUGCCGCGGAUCCAUCCUCGGUAGCAACUCCAUCGAAGGAUAAAGAGAAAGUUCCUGCCCAACCCAGGGGCAUAAUCAAUUGCAUCUCUGGGGGCUAUGCCGGAGGAGGAUGCACAAGCUCUGCACGUAAACGCACAUACAGAGCAAUGCUCGCCCUGACGGAUACGGCCAAUAAUUCUCAGCCGACACAAAGGCCACCUGAGAUAACGUUCUCCCAGACUGAUUAUCAUGCUCAAGACACAAAUCUCGAUGAUCCUGUUGUCAUCUCUAUCCAGCUGGGCGAUUUAAUAGUUCGGAAAGUACUGCUGGAUCCAGGCAGCAGUGCUGACGUUUUAUUCUUCACUACAUUUGAAAAAAUGAAAUUAAGUACUAACAUUUUGCAACCAUCUGUAGGGGACUUGGUCGGCUUCUCAGGAGAGCGAGUCCCGGUUAUGGGUUCAGUAUGGUUACAAACCACAUUGGGAGAACAGCCUGCAUCUAGAACACAAGACAUUCAAUAUUUGGUGGUCGACAGUGUCAGUCCUUACAACCUUAUUUUAGGGCGACCCUUUUUAAACAGGUUUGCCGCAAUUGUAUCUACUGUUCAUCUCUGUAUCAAGUUUCCCCUGCAGGAUAAUACCGUGGCCAUAGUCCACGGCGACUUACAAGAUGCUCGGCACUGUUACAACACUAGCCUAAAACCCAUCAAAAGAAAUAAUGACAGACGUGUAAACUCCAUAGGCGCAGAGCAACCGAUGCUUACCGAACUAGAUCUCCGGGCCGACUUUCAAGAUCGCCCUCUACCCAAUGAAGAACUGAUUAAGCUCACUCUGACAGAUGAUCCAACCAAAUUUACAUUUAUCGGCACAUCCAUCAAAGGCGAUGCGAAAAACAAGCUCAUCAACUUCCUACGACAGAACGCCGACCUAUUCGCCUGGACGUCAGGCGAUAUGCCAGAAAUUAGCCCUUCAGUCAUUACACAUAAGCUCGCCAUCAACCCGGCAGCCCGACCAGUAGCACAGAAAAAAAGAAACCUCGGCACAGAAAAGAGAUUGGCAUCCAUGGACGAGGCUAAAAAGCUAAUUGAUGCAAAUUUCAUACGAGAAAUCAGAUUCACAACCUGGCUAGCCAACAUCGUAAUGGUAAAGAAACAUAACGGUAAAUGGCGUAUGUGUGUUGAUUUCACAGACUUAAAUAAAGCAUGUCCAAAGGACGCAUAUCCUUUACCUUCAAUUGAUACCUUAGUAGAUAACUCUUGCGGUUAUGGUACAUUAAGUUUUAUGGAUGCAUACUCUGGAUACAACCAGAUCUUUAUGCAUCCAUCGGAUCAAGAAAAAACUGCUUUUAUAACCGAAUAUGGUAACUAUUGCUAUAAUAUCGGCAGAAACCUAGAAGUCUAUGUUGAUGACAUGGUGGCCAAGACAAAAACCGGGGAAAGUCAUGUCGACGACCUUACAGAGAUAUUCGGUCAGAUCCGACUUUACAACAUGAGACUUAAUCCAGAAAAAUGUGCCUUUGGUGUUAACGGUGGGAAAUUCCUCGGUUUCAUUCUGACCAACCGAGGAAUCGAGGCCAACCCAGAGAAAUGUCAGGCCAUUCUAGAUAUGAGCAGCCCCACAAACAUAAAGGAAGUGCAGAGAUUAACAGGACGACUAGCAGCACUGUCUAGAUUCUUACCUUGUUUAGCAUCUAAAUCAGCGAAUUUUUUUCACUGUUUACGAAAAAACACAGCUUUUCACUGGGAUGAAAACUGUGAACUGGCAUUUCAAAAUUUCAAAAAAUUCCUUUCUAAACCACCUGUUUUACAAAAGCCCAAAGACGGUGAACCCUUAUAUUUAUAUUUGUCUAUCACUGAUAUAUCAGUUAGUGCUGUCCUUGUUGCAGAAAAUAAUAAGACUCAACAGCCAGUCUAUUUUGUGAGCAAAUCACUCCAGAACGCCGAGCUUCGAUAUCCGAAGUUGGAGAAACUAGCUUACGCCCUUGUUUUUUCAGCAAGAAGGCUUCGUCCUUAUUUUCAGAGUCACACGAUCAAUGUUAGGACGUCUCAACCAUUACGCCAAAUACUCGCCAGACCCGAGCUUGCCGGACGAUUAAUCAAAUGGUCCAUCGAACUCUCGGAGUUCGACAUCUGUUACCAACCUCGGACAUCUAUAAAGUCACAAUAUUUAGCUGAUUUUAUUGCUGAAUUUACAGGACCCACCCAGAACGAGGAUGGAGAUAAGUGGGUGCUAUUCGUUGAUGGAGCAUCAAACCCACAAGGAGCUGGUGCAGGAAUACUCUUGGAAAACCCCGAGGGAGUGAUAUUUGAACAUUCUCUCCGAUUUUCCUUCAAAGCCAGUAACAACCAGGCCGAAUACGAAGCCCUCAUUGCAGGGCUCAGGUUAGCAAUCGAAUUGCAAGUCAAUAACUUACACGUUUAUUGUGAUUCCUUAUUAGUGGUUCAACAAGUAAAUCAGCAUUUUCAAACAAAAGACCCUAUUCUGCUAAGAUAUCUUGAAGUUGUUAAUAAAUUGAUUACUCGUUUUUCGAAAAUCGAAAUUACCCACAUAGAAAGAGAUCAAAAUCACAGAGCAGAUAUACUAUCUAAAUUAGCUACUAGUCAGUCACAUAAUGCUUCACUUUUGCAGUCAACUUUACAGGAGCCGAGCAUAAAUAUGAUCGGCAACAUACAACCCGACGAUUCUUGGCAAAGGCCAUACAUUCAAUAUCUCAAAAAUGCAACACUCCCGCUAGAAGUAAAAGACAUUAAAAAGUUUAAAAGACAAGCAUCAUUUUUUAUAUUGCUGAAUGACGAAUUAUACAGGCGAGGUUAUUCUCGACCAUUACUAAAAUGCUUAAACAGAGCCGAGGCUGAAAUUGCCCUAGCCGAAGUUCACGAGGGCAUCUGUGGAAUACAUUCAGGCGCCAGGAGUUUAGCACGUAAAAUUCUCCGGGCAGGUUUUUACUGGCCGACCAUAUGGGAAGACAGCCAGAAAAAAGUUCGCACUUGUGAACACUGCCAGAAGCACGCCCCAAUACUUAACAUUCCAGCCGAAGAAUUACACCAGUCAACGGUAAGCUGGCCAUUUCAUAAAUGGGGAAUUGAUAUCCUCGGACCUUUCCCCACGGCACCAAGACAGGUAAAGUUUUUAGUGGUCGCAAUCGAUUACUUUUCUAAAUGGAUUGAAGCUCAACCUCUAGCCAGAAUUACAUCGGCACAAAUGAUAUCAUUUGUGUGGCAACAUAUAAUCUGCAGAUUUGGUAUACCACAACACAUUGUGACUGACAAUGGUCGGCAGUUCAUAGACCAUAAUUUUCAGACUUUUUUGCAGAACUUAAAAGUGAAACAACAUUUUUCCUCAGUGGAACAUCCUCAAUCAAAUGGCUUAGCAGAAGCUACCAACAAGGUCCUUCUCCAAGCUCUAAGGAAAAAACUCGACAACGCUAAAGGCCUUUGGGCCGAGCUCGUUCCAGAAAUCUUAUGGGGAUACAACACCUCGGUGCACUCAACAACAAAGGAAACACCAUUUCGUUUGGUGUAUGGUUCCGAUGCAAUGAUUCCGGUUGAAGUAUCACAAAACUCAUUAAGAACACAACAUGAAGCUCAUGAUGAAGCUCGCCGAGCCGAGCUAGACUUGGUUGAAGAAAUCCGAGCAAUAGCAACAAUUCAGCAGAAAGCACUGCAGCAACGAAUAGCUCAACGUCAUAACAAGACCGUCAGACCUAGGUCAUUCUGCCAAGGAGAUUUGGUGUUACGCAAAACUGAAACAGCCCGCAAGCCACCUACCCAUGGUAAGCUUGCCGCAACAUGGGACGGACCUUAUAGAGUACGCCAAGUGGUCGGCAGAGGCGCCUACCAACUAGAGGAAUUAGACGGAACAACACUUCCUAACACCUGGAAUGUUACUUCAUUAAAGAAAUACUACAGCUAA